AUGAACAAGUCUUCAUCAUCUCACAUUCCACUCCCAAUCCAAAGCUUUCUAUUUUCUCAGACAUGUUCGUUUUUGCAGAAACCCUCGGCAAGGGACGGGGUCUGUACUACUUUUGAGAAGGUUUUAGUACAAAAUAUACUACAUGGUCGAUCAAUAGUUCUGUGCGAGGCUAUACACUCAAUAAGCAGAUGGAAAUUUGUGAAGGCUGCAUUACCUCAUGUACUUCAUUGUGGUGCUAUAAUGCUUCGAGAAAAGUUACGGGACAAAUCUGAUGCAGACCUACCUCAUCAAAAACAUGUAUUAAACAGUUGCGGAUUGUCUCAUGAUCGAACACGACUGAAUUUCAGUCAGACAGAAACAAAGUUGCUCUACACACUUCACUGGAUUCUAUUAGAUGCCGCUUCAGAGUGUGAGGAUGCAGAAAUAGAGGCUUCUAAUCAUCCAGCUUCCAUACCCAAACAUUCAACUGAUCGUUAUGUUCACGACUUGGCGUCACUUCAGUUAUUCAUCUAUUUAUAUGCUCCAAUUAUUGAGCAACUUAAGCCAACCGAUUUCGAUACUCUCAAGUUAGAAGCAGGAUUACGCUUAUGGAUUCCAUUAAUGGAAUACUGUCAACCAAAUCGUGGGACAUUAUCAUCACCUGUUAAAGUUUUUACUCAUGAUUCAAAUAUACUAUCUCGGCCAGUUGUAACAAAUAUAGAUGGAAUAGAAAGUCCUAAAACGUCAUCCAUUUUAAACGAUUAUAUUAAGAGGAAAUCUUUGAGUUUGGAAACUUCUGAAGAAAUACCUUCGAAUGUUCAUAAUGUUAAUAUAUCGGAUAAGGGUUCCGAAAUCAAUCAUAAAUUACCAUUAGCUGUGAAAUCAUUAGAGUUCUUAGUUGACAGUGCUUCCAUCCCCCAUGUUGAAGCCAAUUCAGAUGAGUCACCCCCUAAAGCUACACCUGAAAACCUGGAUGAUGAGGAAGAAUUCAGCGAAAAAUCCAUUUCAGAAGCUGCAGUCACAGGAACGACGGCUACAGCAGCAGUUGUGCCAGACGUGUUUCCACCAAAGCAAGAACAAGAACAUGUAGCUCCAGGAUUCGAACGCAUUCAAAAAUUUUUAAAUUCAUUCACGGAUCCGUAUAAACAAUUAUCUGAAAAGUUAAAAUAUUCUGUGGCUGACAGUGAAUUCAUUCAACCAUCUGUUGGAACUUAUUGUAUGUUUGCUACACAUUGUGACCUGGCUGUAAUACGGUGCUUAUUCUGUCCUGAAUGGUGUGAAUCCGGUAUCUACUGGUCGCUAUGCUAUUUAUUCAAUCGUUUAUUGCAAAUACGCUCAGAAUGGAUCAAAAUUAAACCGAAUAAACGUAAAUUAUUAAGGUUACGCAGAGGCAAUCUUCCGCCUGAACACUUGUUUAAAUGGAUACCAGGAUUGUGGUCAGCAGCAUCGUCACAUCAAGCAAGGAUAAAUCAUAUCACUGGAGAAAUGGUGAAGGAAAUUCGGAGUCUAUCAUUACCUAAUAUAUCGUCAAGGUGUAUGUCAAGUAUUUGUCAGCAUAAUCCAACUGAACAGUGCAACAGAGAAUUUGGACAAGACAGUAAAAACAAUGACUUAACUCAACAUAAGCAUACGAAACAACAGGAAAAACUUUGUGAAGCUCAGUCGAACAGUACCAGUAACAUCAUCCAGUCAUACUCUGGGAACAGUGGUACCCCUUCCUCGAUCAAACAUUCCACUAUAUCAAGUCAUUUGGAUGAAUCGUUAAAUCGUAAAGGUAUAUCUUGCAUAGUUGGAUCAUCUUCAUCUUUAUUGAAUAUUGAUAAGUCUGAAUCUAACCUUAUGAAAUUAGAAUGCCCAAAAGAUAGAGAGCAACAACAAUGGCAGCCACAGCAGCUUAAUAUUAGUCCUUUACUAACUGAUAUUGGUCUCAGUGAUUCAUCAUUUACGCUCCCACUGCCCAUUGUUAACUUUGGAGGUCAACAACAGCAAAACCAACAGCAGCAACCCGCAUGGAGAGGUUCUAAACGUUCAAGAAUUACUGAUAUUAAGGAACGUUUUACUCGGGCGUCAAAGUUCAAAUCUGGGGAUGCAAGUAUGAAAUUUCAACCUUUAUCUUCUAUUGAAGCACCAGGCAUGACUAGCAUAAACACCCUGAUCGAAUGUGAUCAGCCGUCGGUAAUGACUGGGGAAAAACAAGUCUCCUAUACGCAGACAAAACGAUCGGUUCAAACAGGAAGUGAAAAGCUACGGCUAGCGCCAAAUGAAAAACCGUUUCAAGGAUUCGACACGACAAGUAAUGAUUCUGAAGCUAAUAAACGUGAUCCACCUGUUUCGUGCAAUGCUUCUUCCCUUCAUAGUGGACUUAAACUUGGUUUACCACCUUGUACACCUUCAAUAGCAGUGGCUAUUAAGCCAACACUUCCUCGCAGUCUUACUGAUUCAGACAUAAUAUAUCAUUGCUCAGAAAAGGUAGAUGAAGUUCCAGGAGCUGCAUACUACAUUACACCUAAUGGUCAUUUAGAUUAUUCUGUUAUUUUGAGAAGUCUUUAUUGGUGUAGCACAGUACACACAUCAAGUCGUGUUUGUUUCAAUUUGGUUUGCUGUUUGAGUGCUUUAUUUGAUUUGGGAAUCUUCGACAUGAAGCCCGGAGCCUGCUCGUUAAAAAAUGUUUCUUUUGAAAGACCUGGUCAUCUCAGACGAUUUCGAAAAAAAAAUCAAUGUGAGAGAAAUGGGUGUUCGAAAUCCUCUAAGACACCUAUUCUCAAUAAACUUGUGGCAAGAGAAAGUCACACUAACCCAAAUUUCAACAACCGAGGUGGAUAUGAUAGCUCAAACUUACAUUCAGGCAGUAGAGUGAGACUACAUGAUCAAAGUGUAGGAUUUUCUUCCUCAAACUUAAGUUCCUCUAGAGUUUCUGUCGGAAUUUGCAGCGAGUCUUAUGGAAGUGAAAUGGGGAUGAUGGAGACGCUGAUCCCACUUGGAAGUCCUCAAUCAUCUAUAGAUCUCGAAAAAGAUCCUUGUUCAACGCCACGUUGGAUAAAGUCGUCAGGAAAUAUUCAAUUUAGGCUGCGUAAUAACGAAAAAUUAGUGUCUAAAAGUGCAUAUCGAUUGAAGUCUCGUGCUCAGCAGAAACCAGGAGUGAGCUGUGAUAUCUCUAAUCAUCUGGUCCGUACGCAUUUUAUUUUAGCAGCUGAAAUGUUGAUAAGAAUUAUUCGUUCAGUUGGAUGUAGACAUGGGCACAAUAAUUCAUCGAAUUUCACAAAUUCCCAUUAUCACCAUCAACAAGAGCAGCACGAAAACUCUGUAGAUCCAAGCAACCAUUUCCGGUCACUUGCACAUGACUGUCUUAUUUAUCUACACCGAUUACAUCCUAAUUUGUUUAAACGUGUGAUAAUACGAAUUGUAUCUUCAAGUACUGUUACCGAUUUAGUUGAAAUACUUCAUUCAUUCACCGGGUUUUGUUUAGAUCCAGUCACACGUUGUUAUGAACGUUCAGAUCAAAACAGAAAAUCUUAUUUAAAUUAUGGAAAUAGUUUUGGGCAGAAUGAUACUGGCCAAGAUACACGUGGAGCUGAAGGUUUGAUUGUAUCUUAUUUGUUCGGCCCUUUUGUCCGGCGCUUAGUCAGGUGCAGACGUGAACUGAGCAGUCAAGAGAAUGUUUCUUUAUUUUCUGACAUACGACAACUAUUCACAUAUAUUCGUGAAAUUCACGGUAGUACGUUUCGGAAAAACAUGUUAGUUGCUUUACUGUGUCCAGUACAGAGAAUAUGUGAGAUUACUACUCCUAAACCUUCAACUCCAUUGCCGAGAAUGUCAGCAAGAAACUCUAUGUGGCUUAUGCCUCGUCACGACAAAAGGCGUUCAACUUUCAACGUGUUUAUUGAUCCUUUGGCAGAAACAGAAAGCUAUUCAAGUGGUCACAGGGAAAGUUCAUUGUACAAUGUGUUAUGUAGACCGUCGACUGCAGGAAGAAGUGUAAGAAUACAUAGUAAUGGAAGUUCAUCAAUAAUAGCAGCGUCAUUCGAAAAUGAAUAUCCUAGCCGAUCUAAGUCAGAAUGUCCUUCCACUGAUCAGUCAACAGGUCAAAUGAUAAUUGAACACCGGUGGAUUAAUUUAUCAGCGUUGAAAGAAGGUCUAUUUGAUUUUGCUUUCCUGUUAGACUGUUGUGAACCAGGUUUAAUACCAGAACCACAACUUAUUGCAGCUCUGUUUGACUUAGAUGCUCCUGUGCUAGCGCGGGCUUGCCUACUGCUAGAAUGUGCCUUUUUAGUUCACCGUUGUAAUCGAGGGGAAUGGGCUGGAUGGAUGAAAUUCAAUCUACCCAGUUCAUUUCGAUCAAGCGCUGGAUUCAUUAGUAGUAAUACUACUAAUAGCAACAAUAAUCUUUCACAAGCAAACGAAAAUAAUAAUAACAAUAUUCAUCCAGUGGAUAUAUCGGAAAUCAAACGUGUGGCUGGCUACCUAUUCUAUGCUUGGGGUGAAGCAUUGGGUCAUAGGUUGCAGUAUUUUACGUCAAUAAUGUCUUCGUCUAAUUCAUCCAUAAUUACAAAUUUGGAUUCGACUGGUGAUAAAGUUUAUGGAAGUGAUAAAAGCAGAGACGUAAACUGUCGAUCAAAUGUCGAAAUGGAACAAAACUUUUUGGAUGAUGCGUCAGUUAAUCCAACUGGAGAAAGUUGCCCGUAUGCUUUACUAACUGUCGGUGUUCAAUUGUUGUUUGAGAUAACAACUUAUCUUAGAGAAACACACCAACGUUUACCACAAGACAAUCCAAACUACGAUGGGAAAUGUGGUCAAUCAGCACAACAUUCAUCAAGAAACUCAGUAAUCAAACGUUCAUUAACACGUGAAGCAAGCGGUGAUAAGAAAACUGAUACGUUUAAACACACCUAUUCUUCAGGUAGUAGUGGAGCAUCCUUUAAAGGUGCUAAAAGACGUCUCAGUAUAUUAAUGCCGAUAUUUGGAAGUGCAGGCAACAACAGCCCUGAAGAUGGUAUUACAAACGAAAUAGAAAAACAUCCAUCUUCCACUGUGAAACCUGUAAUAACCACCGGCACAGAUAAAUCUUUCAGUGGACGUCGGGGCACUUCAUCCAGACGUAUCAGUUUCGCCGUAAUGGACGAUUCUAAGGAUAUAACUGAUUCUACAAAUGCAAGUGCGAACUAUCUGGAUCAGUCAUUAGAAGCAAAUGAAUCGCAACAUCGUUUAUCAGUGAGCAAAGGCCAUCUUCAGAAACAUCGAGGUUCUGGGAGUUUUAGAUAUUUUACUGCUCACGGGUCCGAUUUGUCUAAUGUAUUUGAACAACGCCCUAGUCUUAUGGGGCAAAUGAGUCGAACUAGUAGCGGUGAUAUCCGUACUGACGUUUUUGACGAUUUAACCGAUAAUCCUGGAACUCCAGUUUCUGAGGAUGAUAAUCAAGACGUUUAUCAUGAAGAACAAAAUUUGCUGCAAAUGAAUCAUGUCAACAAAAGUCUAAUUCACUCGAAUCCCUUACGUUUAAAACCAAGACAAGGUCAUCAUUCCAGAUACGAUGAAACGAUCAAGUCCCACACAUCUGUACGACGAUCUGUAUCAGCUGCUCUUUCUGCGAAGAAGUCUUUGAAAUCUAAUACAAUUCAUCAUGCCUUAGCUUUUGGGGAUAAUGAGACUUAUCAUGUGGAUGAUUACACAUCUCAUAUGCCGUGGGUUGAUGCUGUUAUAGAAUUUGCAAAUUAUACCAGUUUUGAUUGUGAUCAUCAAAAUUCAUGUGCUUCAAAUUGCUUUGAAUAUCAACAGCACCAAUGCCGAAAUUUGUUAAAUGCAAUGAAACAGGUGUAUGAAUCAGAAACUGAGAGUAAAUUUGUUAUAUCUGUUGAUCGUCAGUAUUUAUAUUCUCUAAGUACUGUUAGUAAUACGCCUACCGCUACAAAUACAAGUGCAACACUUAAUCGUGGUUUAAAUGUAACUUGUGAUACAGGUACAACUUCACCAGCAUCGUCUAAUGUUAUUCGCCAACAUAGACCAAAUGAUUCACGCUCAGAAAACUCUUCUGAUCAAGAUUCCUCACAUUUAGACUCUACUGACGAUUUAUCCGAUUCAGAUGUCACACAUCAACAACAAGUUAAUCCAGGACAUGUAAAGCAUAAAAUUAGCACACUAAAAGGUUUACCAAAUAUUGUUCAAUCUAACGACAGUUUAACUGGUUUAAGCAAAUCAGCUGAUAACGAUCUUGAUGUCAAUAAUUUUCUAUUAAUGCAACAGGGUGCACUGGCAGCAAGUAGCGGUAGUGAUUUUUGGAAAGCCAGAUCAAAACUGUUUAUAAAAUCUUCAAAAAGAAAAGAAUCUAAUAUAUUUGGACCAAGUUCAAGCCGUGAAAACAUGAAUCUACUGACCAAGAUUCGAAUGAAAUCAUUUAACCGUUCAAUCAAUCCAAGCUCGUUUGAGAAUGAUACACCGGGUUUGACAGGAUUAAUUAACCUGAGUAUGUUGGCUGGAGCAGGUGCGGGUUUGCUGAAGAGUUCUCGCCAAAGUAUUAGUCUGAAUCCACCACUGCUUGGGAUUGAGGCUGACGAAGCAAGUGAAACUUUACCAGGUUUUGAAGAUGAUGAUGGUGUUAAAAGUCAGAUUAGGAAACCUGUUAGAUUUCGUAAACAUCAUUUAGGUGAAUUACCUAUUCAGUGUUAUUUGGAUACUCAUGUAAAAAAUCUUUGUAGCAGUGGUUUCAAUCUUUUGAAUAAAGCAGCUUUACUACUUACAAAUAAUCAACUAGCAAAGAUGCUUCCGUUGGCUUGGGAGUUGCUGCUAGAAACGGAUACAGAAUUUUCAUCAAGUGCAGCAUGUUUCAUACUUUUCUGUGGUGUACGUUACCCUCAAAUCGUUCAAGAUAUGAUUCUAGACGAAAUGCGACAUGAGAAACCUUCUCAGAGAUUUAAUGCUAUUCUACGAUUUAGAACUUUGUGGUGUCAUCGUUUUCAUGUUUGGUCGCGACUUGAAGAAAAUGCACCUAGUCAAUUAAGAGUACCUCCAUCUUUUAUUGAAUUUGUUUUGCCUUCACCUACACUCGGUUAUCCUGGAUUCGAGGCACCAGAUCCUGUUUGGCAGAUUCGUAAAGGAACAUCGGCUGAAGAGGUUCAGCUAAAACAAAACGAGGCUACGAAAACAUUUGUAACAGCUUCAACAUCUAGGCGUAAACAGCAACAGGAACUUUUGGCUCGUGCAAUAGCAACAGAAACCAUGCGAAGAAAAGAAGCCAGACAGUCUUUUCAUUUAACAACAUGCCCAGUUCUGGAACGUGCAACCAUUGAACCAGCUUUCAGCAAAGAACACAGGGAUGAAGGCAACAUUGAUGAUAAUAUCGCAAAUUCUGCAGGAUUCAAUAGUGGAGCAGGUGGUGGACAAAUAGGAGUAUCCAAUUCAACACAAGAUGAAUAUACUGCUGCUGUUCGGAGACUAAGUCUUGCACCAAUUAAUCGUACAGUUCUCAAUCAAGCUCGCAAUUUAUCGUGGCGUCAGAGCUCAAUACCUUGGUUACGGAACAGUGUUAUAGCCCAUGACGAUGAAGACCGUUGGUUAAGUGGAUCUCAUUCUUUAUUCCCAUCACAACCAUUGCAACAAGCUCAGUUGGUCUUCCCAUCUGCUCUAUGCUCUGCAUCAGUUUUACUGAUUAAUCUUUUAGAUGAUACGGCGAUAAAUGAGCAUGGAACAGCAGUAAAUACAAUAGCUGAGUAUGUGAUAUUUAAUUGUUUGCUAGAAGAUACACCAUUAUUUUUACGCUUUAUAUUCGAGCGUCUCACACGCAUAAAAAAUAAAGAUGAACUUAUAUUUAUUUUACGUAAAAUGAUUCAACGGUUACCUGAAUUACCAAUGCAAACAGCACAUGCUCUUUUCAAUAACUUAGUCGGUUAUAUUAUGUUUCAUAUUCGUACACCAAGUUUCAAUGCACCUCAGUCAAUUGCCAGUGCGUUAUCAGUUCUUCAUUUGAUUAUUCCAUACGUUCAAAAUAUCUACUUUAAGGAUUUGAAACAGACAAUGAGAAGAGAACAAAUCGAUUCUACACUUCUAUUAACAGCUAACUUACCUUGUGCUAAACAAUUCAACGUGUUUGAUAAUAGUAUUGGUGUCGCUCAACUAGUUCGUUUACAAGACGAAAACAAGGACUAUCAGUUUGAAGACAUUCUGAAAGAUGUUCUGUCGGCGAGUGAUAUACUCGAAGAUGAAAGAAGUUCUUACUACCUUUGUGACGAACGUUCUAAUAUUAUACGAAACUCUUCCCAUUACAUUCGUGAUUUCUAUUCAUUCAAACGUAAUCAUACUCCUAAAUUACGCUUGCGUCAGUAUGAUAAGAAAAACGGCAUGUAUCUACUGCAACAAAAUGCUCUCAGUCUGAAAUUUCAAGAAAUUGGUAAAGUAUCAUUUACGCUGUCAGUACUUCGAUGUACGCCAACUCCACAGAUUCCCAAUCACGUUUUUUUCUUACAUGAAGAGUUAACUAAACUACCAUCAUUUCCACGUAAAGCAUUAGAAUCCGACUUCAAUCUUUACGACUGGCCUACAUAUGGGCGUCCACUAUUUGCAUUAGAUACAAUACACAAGUUAUCUUGGUGUCAUUUAAUAUCCAGUUUAUUCAUGAUGAUGCCUAAAACUUAUCCAUGGUCAUCGGAUUUACAAAUAUUUUUGAAUGUAUACAAUGGUACACUGAUAUUACAUGCAGAAGACUCAUCAGUUUUACGACAGUGUCUAGCAUUCUUCAUACAGUGCUGUUAUCAAUUCAAAACAGUAUUUGCAACCACAGGCUACUCUGGUAUUGUACCGACAUUGGUACGUGUUUAUAACCAAAAUACACAUAAUCCAGUACUUACACAAGCUAUUGAAUUUACAUUUAGACAAUUUUAUGUAAUGCAUAGAACACCAUUCAUAUUACAACUGCUAGGAUGCAUCGCCAAUUAUGUAACGACUAAUAAUGAAAUAAUUGGUGUGGGAGAUGAAUUUUACCGAAUUCAACCGGGGGCUGUAUACAGAUUAUUACGUGUUAUAAGCCGUCCUUUAGAUGAUAACCUUCGUAUUUUGGAGUUAUGUAAUAUUCAGAAGCCGUUGGAAGCUUUGGAUUUUUGUUAUGACGAUGAAGAGGCUAACUGGUCUAUUUUGGAAGUAAUCAAUCUCUGUGUAGCUGUCAUAGUCUAUGCUCCUGAUUCAUAUAGAUCCAGGCAAAUGUUGAUUAUUCUCCAAGCUCUGGUGCCACUAAUUCUUAAAGACUUGCCAUACAUAUGUGCAGAAGAAGGGAAUGGUACUGAUCCAAAAAAGGCAGAGUUAACAGCUAUUCAGAAAAUUUCAAUAGCAAUGCGUCAGCUUACUUCAACAGCCGAGUUCAUGAGCAGGAGAAUUGAAGACAUUCGUCAACUGAAUUACCUUGCUCCAGGUGGUCCAACUGAAUGUCGUAAGGAAACACCUGGUCUCUUGUUGACUGGAGUAGCCACCAGGCUAGUAAAUUAUGAAGCUGCAAAGAGUAACUUCAAGUCAUUAGAUAAAACAAAAUAUAACGAAACAGCUGAGAAAACAACAAGAAGUGGAUUAUGUAGUGAAAUCAACACUUUGUCUGUAAAUAAAGGUUUUCCUCUAUCAGUAAGUUCAAAUACAUCACGUGAAAGGGAGAUUCAGUCGAAUCAAAUGCUGAGAAAUCCUGCUGCAGUAACAAGUGGUCAUCACCGUCCGACAGCUUAUGAACCCAGAGAAGCAGUUUUACAGUUGGCUUGCGAAUUUUUAUCUACCUGUUCCGGGCGUCUUUUGGAAAUGGAAGAAAAACAACGUAUAUCUGAUCUUUUAGACGCUAAAUCACACAUGCGAUUAGCCGAUAUAGCUCAAAUCAUGCUGAAACAAGUUUCUAACAGCCCAGAUUUCCUAGUUAGUUCAGCUUUACAACGUUAUUUUCUGGAAGUGCUACCAGUUAUCGAUUGGAGCCAUGAAUCACUGAGAUCAUGUAAAGCAUUGGAAUGUCUUUUAGGUAGACUGAAUAGGACGCUACCAAAGAUGCUUGAAUUCGCCAUUAGAUCCAAGACGACUCAUCAUUGGGAUGAAUUUGUGAAGUUGUUCGAUCAGUUUAUUAUAUACUGA